AUGAAUCUGCCCCAUUGUUUACCGGGCUUUCUUUGCCUCGAUAGGAUACCCACAAAGCCGGACGGGGUUGUCGAGGAGAGAAUCACGCUCUACGCCAUCGGCCAGGGCCUCGAGGGCUGGAUCGGAAUGACGCACGGCGGUAUGUGUAACGUCAGGCAGGGCGGCCCCUGGGGCGCACAAAAGGUCGUGACCAAGUACCUCAACAUCACCUACGUCCGGCCCGUGCCUGCGCCUGCGGUUGUGCAGUGCCGGGCCAAGGUUGAAAAGGUCGAGGGUAGGAAGAUCUUCUACAAGACCUACUUGCAGGACGGUGAUGGUGAUAAUUUGGCGGUUGGAGACUCUUUGUAUGUUGUGUUAAACCAGAAGCUGUAG